UGCAGAGAUGGGAUCCCUGGUGAGAUCCCGUUGGCUGAUGAUCCCCCUGCUCGUGCAGGCCUGGCUCUUGGCUUCCCAAGGCAGAGUCCGAGAGAAACCGUGUCCCCGAAGCUGCCGCUGCGAUGGCAAAAUAGUGUAUUGUGAGUCAAAUGCCUUCCGUGAUGUGCCAAAGAAUGUUUCUGUGGGAUGCCAGGGCCUCUCUCUGCGUUACAACAGCUUGGUGAACCUCAGGGCUGGUCAGUUUGCCAGCCUCAGUCAGUUGGUCUGGCUGUACCUAGACCACAAUUACAUCAAUGCAGUGGACAAACAAGCCUUUCAGGGUGUUCGAAGACUAAAGGAGUUGAUCCUCAGUUCCAACAAGAUCACGCAUUUGGAAAACAGCACAUUCCAUUCAAUCCCCAACCUACGCAAUCUGGACCUCUCCUACAACAAACUUCAAGUACUGCAGCUUAAUCAGUUCCAAGGCUUACGCAAACUGUUGAGUCUCCACAUCAGAUCAAAUUCCCUCAAGACGGUUCCCAUGCGAGUCUUUCAGGAUUGCCGAAACCUUGAGUUCCUUGAUUUGGGCUACAAUCGACUGCGAAGUCUUACCCGUAACGCAUUUGCGGGACUUCUCAAACUGACUGAGUUACACUUGGAGCACAACCAAUUCUCAAAGAUCAAUUUUUCUCAUUUCCCAAGGCUGAACAACCUUCGCGCUUUGUAUCUGCAGUGGAAUCGGAUAAAGUCAAUAACCCAGGGAAUUACAUGGACCUGGACCUCUUUGCAAAAACUGGAUCUUUCUGGAAAUGACCUGCAGGUGUUGGAUUCAAGCAUCUUCCAGUGUCUCCCUAACUUGCAGACUCUUAAUCUGGACUCCAAUAAGCUAAGCAACGUGUCUCAAGAUGCCAUAUCAGCUUGGAUCUCUCUUACUACCAUCAGUCUUGCAGGUAACAUUUGGGAAUGCAGCCCCAGCUUAUGCCCCCUUGUAGCUUGGCUGAGAAACUUCAAGGGGAACAAGGAGACGACCAUGAUUUGUGCUGCACCAAAGGAGGUUCAGGGUGAAAAAGUAAUUGAAGCUGUUGACACACAUGGAAUCUGCAAGAUGACCCCCACCCCUUACCAGCCACUCUCCUCAACUGUAAGCUCCCCAUCCAAACCUGGACAUUUCCCCCACCCUACCAUGUUCAGGGUGAAUGAGAAAAUAGCACGCAACAACCCUGUUGCGCCUUCUCUGACGGCUGCACCCCCAUCUGUCCCUGAGCAGGAUUUUGAGCAUGUUUCAUUCCACAAGAUAAUUGCUGGCAGCGUUGCCCUCUUCCUAUCUGUGGCCAUGAUCUUGCUAGUGAUCUAUGUUUCCUGGAAGCGUUAUCCCAGCAGCAUGAAGCAACUGCAGCAGCAUUCUAUGGUGAGAAAACGCCGGAAAAAGGCACGGGAGACAGAGCGCACCCUCAGCUCUCCGCUCCAGGAAUAUUAUGUGGACUACAAACCCACAAACUCUGAGACCAUGGACGUACUGGUCAAUGGGACAGGACCCUGUACCUACACCAUUUCCGGCUCCCGAGAAUGUGAGGUAUGAUCCGUCGCCCUCCUAAAAUCCAUUACCACUGCGGGGAAUAAGAGGCCCCUCAACAGAUGGGCACAUUGGCAUUCUACAGGUACGAGCAGCCCAUCGUGGACUACUGCCAGGCUCACCAGCCUAUGCACAUGAACAGGGGCUUUGAGCCCCCAUCC